AUGCAAUCUAAGUUUUGGUGGAAGAUUACUAAUAAGGAGUAUAUUCGAUUGUUACUGUCUGCAUUUUUUGGAGCAAUAAUAUGUCUAUUAUCAACAACAAUAGGGAAUUUCAUUUUGAUAGAGAUUCGAUUCAAUUUAAUCUUUUCCGCUUAUUUUGGAUUCACAUUCCUCAUAACAGGAGUAUAUAUAUUGAUACGAACUAAAAUAUUUAUGAAUACUAAUCAUAUUACUCAAUGGACUUUAAAAUAAAAGUAUUUAGUUUGCUUUGCAAGUGUUAUUAUUGCAUCAGGACUCAUAUGUUUUUGUUUGUACUUUGAUAAAAAAUGGCAUGAAGGAUUGAAUUACUUCACCAAGAUUCCUUUAUAUAUAAUUUUGGGAGUGUCAUUGAGUUCCUCAAUCUGUUAUUUGACAAUAGACUUAAUCAAUUUUAUUUUUAGUUUUAGUUAGAAUGUUUAGAAUAGAACUAUUGUUGAAACUCCGAAUUAGAUCAUAUCUUUUAUUUAUAUAAGUUCAUUAAUUGGAUUCUUAUAGGGACUAUUAUUUAGUUCUCUGGAUAUUGAAGUAUACUUGGUAUAUCAAUAUUAGGACGUAGAGAACAAAACUAUUUUAGUCGGACUGAUUUUAUUUGAAGAAUUGCUAUUGAUUCCUUUUAUUUUGGUUUUGGGCUGUGUAGGAGGGUUUUUGAAUGAAUAUUUAAGAAUCAAGGGCAGCCAUUUAUAGUCUUAUACAUUUGAACCAAUCCAAGAUCCAUUUACAGAUGAAAUUUGA